AUGCGGGGAUGCGGGGAAUGGGUGGAUACACUAUGGAGGGGUUGGGUUAUGGCUCGUGAGCCACUGGAGAAAGUGACCCAGAUUGUUUCCAAGUCCAUGUUUUUCGCCCUUCCCACUCGUCAGAUCACCUUUGGACGCACAAACCCAGCAACAACAACCUUACCAGCUUCAGCAGCAGCAACCGUUGGAGUUCAUUCCCUCAACCACAAAAACAUGACAGGCUAUUGCCGCCACCUGCCACUUCCAAUGCCAUUGCAGGACCUUCGUUCCCUUCAAUAUCCAUUCCAUUCGUGCACCCCAACAGCCACUGCCGUAGAAGGCAUCGUACCCGAUAUUGUCACGAUGGUGGAUACAGACUCCCACCUUGAUCUGAAGGCCAUCGCACUCCAUCCUCGUAACGCCAAAUACAAUCCACAGGUUCGCAUUGACCAUUCUGUAACACGCAAGAUGUCGAACUGUUUGAGUUUUUAG